UCUCCGGAGCCAGCGCUCUAUGUCACUAAUAUUGGACAGGAUUGCCCGAGAGUCGUAAAUCUCCACUGGCGUCGCAGGGAUGUGUCGUAAAAUAUUUAAAUUCGGGAAGUUUCUUCUCGAGGCGCAGUGACAGGAGAUGUUUUCCAACUCGCUGCGUGGAACUUUUUUUUUUCCCUUCAGCGGCCCCUUGAACUUCUGUCUCUAACUCGCAGAAGUUUGAUGUGAAAUUAAAGCCUGUAUUGCUCUAAUGGGAAAGAAGCGAACAAAAGGAAAAAAUAUUCCUGCAGAUGUCUCACCAGAUGUACUGGGACCAACAUGCAAGCACCUUCGCAAAGGAUUGGAACAAGGUCUUCUCAAAAAAGUGUUGCAGACUGUGGACUUGAAUUCCUGUCAGGAUUGCCAGAUAGAUGACAAUAAGACAGAUGAAAAAACUGAUAGUGCAGAAGACAAGCCAUCAAUAUGGUUAUGUUUAAAAUGUGGCCAUAGGGGUUGUGGCAGAAAUUCUCAAGAGCAACAUGCCUUAAAACACUAUGAAACACCAAGAUCAGAACCUCACUGUUUGGUUCUUAAUGUGGAAAACUGGUGUGUCUGGUGCUACUUAUGUGAUGAGGAAAUACAAUAUAGUUCAUCUACUCGACUGGGCCAGCUUGUGGAUUUUAUUAGAAAACAAACUUGUGUGAACAUUGCAAAUACAGCUUCUAAAAAUGAAGAAAAACCUUUGGAAAACAAAAAACUUAAAGACCACAAAAAUGAGGAAGAAAAGGAGAAGAAAGAAAUCUUGUUCAAAGACAAUAAAAAUCAAUUAAAUGGCAAUUCAGAAAUGACGGUGAAAGGUCUUAGCAACCUAGGAAAUACAUGUUUUUUUAAUGCGGUUUUGCAGAAUCUAUCACAAACAUCAGUUCUGAGAGAGUUGCUGAAAGAAGUAAAAAUGCCUGAUUCAACAAUUACACUUAAACCACCAGAAUUCUCAAUAAUGGAACCUUUGGUAGUAAUGCUUGAUUCUCCAAGACCUCUAACACUAGCAAUGUGCCAGUUUCUGGCAGAAAUGCAAGAGACAAAAAAAGGAUCUGUGACCCCUAGAGAACUUUUCUCUCAGAUUUGUAAAAAAGCAACACGAUUCAAAGGAUAUCAGCAGCAGGACAGCCAAGAGUUGCUUAGAUAUCUAUUGGAUGGGAUGAGAACUGAAGAAAUCCAA